AUGUGGUGGGAGGGUACCAGCUGGUGUGCCGCAGAGGACUCUAAAAACUCUCCCACACAGAGGACAGGUGUGGGCCUUACGGGAACGGGGAGCUGGAGGCAACCUAAAUGCCCGUCUCUGGGCGAGUGGGAAGAACUGCUGCUUCAGAAGGAUGUCCGGUGUAGCACCAACCCCUUUCCCAGUAGCUGGAAACUGGGCCAGCUGCAGGUCCAGGAGCGCCCCAGGGCCUUGCAGGCUGAGCUGGCCCUGACACUGAAGGUCCUAGAGAACAUGACUGACUCAGCCCUGGUCCCCAUCCUGGACCAGCCUCUUCACACCCUGCGCCACAUCCACUCACAGCUGCAGGCCUGUACGCAGCCUCAGCCCACAGCAGAGCCCAGGCCUGUGAGCCGCCGCCUCUCACGCUGGCUGCACAGACUCCAGGAGGCCCAGAGGAAGGAGACCCCCGGCUGCCUGGAGGACUCUGUCACUUCCAACCUCUUCCGCCUGCUCAUCCGGGACCUGAAGUGUGUGGCCAGCGGAGAUCAGUGUGCCUGAGUACAGAGGCCGGGCACCGCGUGUCAGAGACUCUGCACUCUACACUCGGCCCCACACCUACCUUAACUUAUUUCCUCUCACCCUUUAUUUAUGAAGCUGCAACCCAGGUUGGGUUUAUUUUCAUACUUUUAUACAAU